UUCUAAGAGCGUUACGCGAGCCCCCACGAAUCUCAGAUUUCUACACAGAUCGGAAUAAUGUGUUGGUAUUUACUGCUUAUAUUUGGGAUUUGGAUCUUCGUCUCCUUCUUGACAUACAGAUUUUUGAUACAAAAGAAGAAUUUAUUUCUAAAAGAAGUUUUCUUUAAGAAGCCCAGCAAUGUCUUGUUUGUCAUUGCGCAUCCGGAUGACGAAUGCAUGUUCUUUGGACCAUCCAUCAGAGCAAUGGUCCAACCAGCAUUAAGUAAUUCAUCAACUAGAAGAAAGCAAGCAAAGGAUAUUUACAUUCUUUGCCUAAGUGAUGGCAAUUCCAAUGGCUUGGGCGAAGCCAGGAGAGAGGAGUUUAAAAAAAGUUGCAAAAUUCUGGGACUUGCAGACUCAAAUGUAUUAAUUCAUAAUGGCCCGAUGUUCUUUGAAGAUAAUCCUGACUCUGUUUGGGAUUCCAAAGCAAUAGCUGACACUCUAAAUCUUUACAUUAAACAACUGAACAUUGACAGUAUCAUUACCUUUGAUGAGGAUGGAAUAAGUGGGCAUCUUAACCAUAAAUCAAUAUACCAUGGAGUGCUACAACUGAUGAAAAAUAGCAAAAGAAGAGUCGCUGUUCGUGUUUUCAUUUUGGAAACGGUAAACGUCUUCCGAAAAUAUUUGGGGUUUAUCGACUCCGUCUUUAUUAAACCGAAUGCGUUGAUUUGCACGAGUGACUGGACUAAUAGAACAAAAAUUCAGAAUGCGAUGGCAGCUCAUAAAAGUCAAUAUGUUUGGUUUCGACGAUCGUACAUCAUAUUUUCAAGAUAUUUAGUUUUUAAUACGUUCGUUCCUCUGGAAAUUUAUUAGCUUAUGAUAUUGUUGCAAAUAUUUAUCAUUGGGCUACUGUCAUUUAAAGCUUCAUGUUAUACCAAUUUGCGGCACAGUUCGACAUGGUGAAAUUCGUCUACCCAGACUCUUUGUAUCCGUUAUUUUCAUAAUCUUGUACCCCUUAACAAAAUUCCCCUUAACUUAAUACCUAGUUAUUUUCACUGAAAUAAUAUUCAUGUAACACACAAUAAGAAUAGCUGUGUCUAGAAAUUUAUGUUGAAUCUCAUACUCAAAUAGCAGUAUACAAAUUAUUCUUUAAUGUUAACAUUCAUGUCUGAGUGAAUUUCCUUUAUCUCCUGUAUGUUCGCCUAGCUUAAAAAAAGUUUUUCCUGGCAGAAAACGCUAAAAACAUUGUUACUUAAUUUCCAAAGCAGUGGUAAACAGUGCAAUGAACAUUUCCGUCUAAUAGUGCGAUGGCAAUGUCAGACAGUCAUACAAUUGCUGGGUUCAACAAGUAAAGAGGGCGCCAUCGAAGAUUCUUUGAAAACAA